AUGCCGCCCGUUCCAGUCUUCAUUGACGAGCCCAUUACUCCCCAAAAGCCCAAGGGAAUCACACCACAAACUGCCGCCCCGAUAUCAACAGACGAGUCCGCCAAUGCAAGCACAACAACUGCUCAAGCUCCAUAUCCCGCUGCAAGACCAGGUCAAGGUCCUCCAGCUCCAACGCCAUACGCUCCACAACCUCAAGCUCUUCCUCAACCCAGCAGGACAACAGCCGCAGCAUACGACAAUGGACCUCCUCCUCCACAGCCAGGCGCUGUGCCAGUAGCGCCCUCCCAGCAAGCUUCGUCCACCCUUCCAAGCACGCUGCCACCACCACCCAAAGCAGGAGAAGUCGCUCCAACGACAACAAUGCCUCCACAAAUGGGGAUCCCCGCUCCCCAGCAAAACUACGCCCCGGUCUACGGCACAUCGUCGGCAACGACCACACCUCAAAGACCAGGCCCGACAACUCUCAAUUUUGGCGCAGCGCCAGCGCCGCAGAUUCAAGCCGGCUCGCAUCCACCAGGAUAUCAGCAGAAUGUUAUGGCGCAGGAAAUGUCGUCGACGGCUAGAGCUAGUCUCGAGCAACAGGAUCAGCGGAGGCCCAGCAUCGUGCCGAACUUGAAUAUCGGGGGAGACAGUGCGAACGAUACUGCGGGCAAUAUGUGGAAUGCGGUCAAAGGCUGGGCGAGUGCUGCAGGCAGCACAAUCGCCGAGACUGAGAAGGAGGUCUGGAAGAGAAUUAAUCGCGACACGUAG